UCUAGAUCUAGCUCAAUUCUAACAGCUAGAGUUUAUUGUAUGCAUGCCUACAGUUUUUAAUAGUAAUUAAUACAUUAUCAAACUUAACCUAAUGAUUGUCAGGACAGGUAGACCUAGAAUUGGAUGCCCCUAUUUAGCCCUAUUAUAUGAUAGAAACAGUGUGUAUGGGCUGGAGUGUAUACUAUGCUAUACGAGUAUAGAAAUGCCUCCAGGGCCAGGGGCAUAUUUAGACCAGUCUACACGUAGUCUAGAGAUCAAUCUACAUCAGAAUUUUGUCUAGAUGGCUAGCCAGAUAUGCUUAUAAAUAAGUUUACCUAAUUAUAUAUAAAAAUGUAGGACAAAAACACAAUUGAAUUUAUCUAGAUUAUUUUUCUGGAAAAAAUAUAUAUUUAAUAAUAUAUAAAUAUUCUAUUUAGUCCCCAUUAUUAUAAGGGCCAAGAUAAGGUCCUACUUCUAGCUUUAAGCCUUUUUAAGAAGUCUGGGGGAGCAAUUAGACCCAAGGAAAUUUCAGCAUUCAAAUAUUUCUAAACCUAAGUUACAGAAAUGCAUGCCUAAGAACACUUAAAGAAUAGUUGUACCUGACCUAGGACCAUUAAAAAAAUCUGCUGCACCGAUUUUAAACUGUAAAAAGUUUUGCAGUUUACCUCAGCCGUCUCUGAGUAGGUGCACUGUUUGCACUAUACUGAAGUAUCAUACAGCUGUGCACCUGUCACCUUGCCUACCUUCGAUAAGGAUGCACACUGCCAGAGUCUAGAGAGGUCCCCUGGUCUAGCUCCUUUGCAUGACUAUUACACUUAGUCAUAGUAAAGUUACACCACUGUUGUUGAUGCUCGUUGACUUGUUAGGUAGUAGACAAUUUAAUAGAGGCAUUUUUUAAAUCGCUCAUCAAGAAGAAAAACUUAAACCAUGUCCAUAAUCAAUGUGGACGAUGAGUUUUCAUCUUAUGAUGAGGUGGAGCACAAAAUUCAGGAGCUCCAGGACAAAGAAAAGUUUAAACUGUGGAAAAGAGACAGCCGGACCAUAGCUGCAGCCAUCAAGCGGAUGCCUAAAAGAAUUUUCAGUCCAGACGUCAAGUACAAUGAGUUGCUUUAUUGCUGCGUCUAUGGCGGCAGAGAGAAAAAAGAUGAAUUGAGGUCGAUGAGGCAGAAGUGCCCUUACCAGAUAAAGUUUCGGUGCACCCAGGAUGGCCAGCGACUACGAGUUGUGUCAAUAACACCAAACCACAAUCACGGUCCUAUUGAUUAUCCAGAGGCAGAAGUUAUUAAACAAGAAGAAAAACUAGAUGAUCUGGUUACAAGUAGUUCCCCACAAACUGAUGACACUGAUCUAAUGGCCUCUGGGGAGGUUGAUAUUGAGGACAGCUUGGAUGACUGCAUCGGUGACCAGUUGAAUACAACUGCAUCAACAGAUUUUACUCCUUCUUCUGUCAGUAGCCACAGCACUAAACUAUUCUCCAACAUUUCUUUUAAGCAGCCCAAACUUAAAGUCAUUCUGGAUGUAGAUACUGGUAUUGAUGACUCCCACGCUAUCAUGUUGGCCCUAGCUCACCCUAAUGUUGAGAUUCUGGCCAUCACUUGUGUCAAUGGCAAUGUGAAUGUGGAUCUUGUUUGUCAGAAUACUUUGCGAGUCUUGAAAGCCUGCGACAGAGAAGACAUUCCAGUGUACAGAGGGGCAGAGUGCUCAUUAUUGGGUAAUACAUCACAGUUUGAGAAUUUCAGUGGGGAAGCUUGGAACACACCUGUGGACAGCUCUGUUAUACAGGUUGAGCAUGCAGCUAAUGCUAUGAUAAGAAUCAUUAACAGCAAUCCAGGGGAAAUUACUGUCGUGGCUCUGGCUCCUCUGACCAACUUAGCCCUUGCCAUGAGACUGGACUCCACGGUUGGGAGGAAGAUCAAGGAUCUUUAUGUAAUGGGAGGAAAUAUUGAAGCCCGAGGUCGGAUAAGUGCGUGUGCAGAGUUCAAUUUUUACAAUGACCCAGAGGCAGCACAAGUGGUUCUCAAAGAGUUUAUUAACAUCACCAUACUGCCUUAUGAAGUAUGCAGGAGAUUUCAUUUACCUUGGGAUUUUUUUGAUAUCUGGACCAACUCAGGAAGUAAAGUUUCCAACUUUGUUAGAAGGUCUGUUUUGGAAUCUGCGAAACCAGCUAGGGCAGCCGGAAGGGAUGGCUAUCGUUCAUGUGACGGCUACUGCAUGGCCCUAGUGAUAGACCGCUCUGUUGUCUUGAGUGCUGAGCCUGUCUACUGCACUGUGGAGCUAUCUGGCCAGUAUACCCGGGGCCAGAUGAUCGUGGAUUGGGAUGGGCUCUUUCAGCAACCCUGCAAUGCACUUGUGGUCAAAGAGCUGGACAUAGAGAAGAUCCAGGGACUGUUCAUUCUCAUGGUGAGGCCUCAGACUUCUGCAGUCCUGCCCGUGUCAACAGUUGUCAAAUCGGAAUAUGACAGCAACAAUAACACGUGAUUAAUCGUCAGAUCGAUAUCUAGGUUUUUAAAAUGCAUCUAAACUUACUGUUUGCACCUAAGGAUAAAGUCACUUGUUGAGGUAAUAUGUUAAGUAGUAGUCAAGUAAUACAUGAUUGUUGUUAAACUAUUUCAGUUCCUGAAUGUCAUCUUAUGACAAACCAUUUGGGGAGCAAAACUAUUGUAAGCUACAACCAAAAAAAAAACUUAUUUGAUUAAUAUUUGUCAUUUGAUAUCAAGUCAGUUGAAUGCAUUUUUUGUUUUCUGAGGUCUUUUCAAUGUUAAGACAUUUUUGUUCAGAGCUGUCAGCCUAGAACUGCUUACUAUCCCACCCCCUCGUUAGAUUUUGUGAAAAGUAUCUUGCAAAAUUUUUUUAAUCUUGAUAUUUUUGGUUAUUAAUAUUUUAUAUGUAAAGUUUAUGGUUGGCAAAGUUCAUGUAUCUUAUAUA